AUGUACGGCAUUACAUCAGGAUCUGCUCUACAAUCGAUUCCCGCAUUCUUGAGCAAGCUGAAAUUGCUGGUAGACGAUGAGGAAACAAAUGAUCUUAUAUACUGGGACCCGCUGGGAACAAGUUUUCAUAUACGUGAUGGGAAUCGCUUGGCUAAAGAAUUGUUACCUCAAUAUUUCAAACACAACAACUUGUCUAGUUUUGUAAGACAGCUGAAUAUGUAUGGAUUUCGCAAGAUAAACCGUGUAGAUGCAUCAAUGCCAACGAAAUCUGACACGGAAGAUAUGGAAUUCUCUCACCCUUUCUUCAUUCGCAACAAGGAUAGUUUACUAUCGAAAAUUCAAAGAAAAAGUUCAAUCAUGUGUUCUCCUGUGUUAGGCACGAGGAAUCAAAACUUGGGUGUCAGAGUUCCUUUUUUCCAAUCUAAUGGAGGUCUUUUCACAUUCUUGUCUGCUUUCGCGAAAGAAGGAAGGUCAGCGAGUGUGUGUAUCGGACAAACAAAACGAAAGGCUCUUCCUUCGAUCGCUUCAUCGAGUUCGAGGUUCCCGAAUAAAAGUUUAAAAUUAAACCUUCCGCAAGGUUUCCAACUUGACAGAAGUUCAGUCCAACCCUUUCAGCUUGUUCAAACCGCUGAUUUACUUGGACCUUCACAUAACGCCCUAAAUUUGAUGUACGAACAUUAUCUACAAGAAUAG